GUCCUCCUGUCGGCUCCGCCGUAGCUCGCAAUGUGACACCGGGACGCACACGCUCGCGCGCGCUCUCUCAGGCUCGCUCGCCCUCGCCCUCUCUCCCACACGCACGCACACACCCACCUCUCCCAUAAACACACACACACACAUGCACACCCACACCCACGCGCGCCCGCACCGCCCCACGCGCGCACACUCCCGCCCACGCCCACGCCGCGCUCCAGGGAGUCCGGUCCCGGCGAGAGCGCGAAAGGAUACGGAGAAGCCACCCGCGGGGAGCGCAGCGGCGCCCCGGGACGCGGCGCCCUCCCCGCGCGGCCGCCUCGGCUCGCGCUCGGCCUGGGGGCCUCCGGCCGGCCAUGGCCUUGGAUUGCCUGCUGCUGUUCCUCCUGGCAUCCGCAGUGGCCGCGAUGGAAGAGACACUCAUGGACACCAGGACAGCUACUGCAGAGCUGGGCUGGACAGCCAAUCCCGCCUCGGGGUGGGAAGAAGUCAGUGGCUACGAUGAGAACCUGAACACCAUCCGCACGUACCAGGUGUGCAACGUCUUCGAGCCCAACCAGAACAACUGGCUGCUCACCACGUUCAUCGACCGGCGCGGGGCCCACCGCAUCUACGCCGAGAUGCGCUUCACCGUGAGAGACUGCAGCAGCCUCCCCAACGUCCCCGGCUCCUGCAAGGAGACCUUCAACUUGUACUACUACGAGACCGACUCGGUCAUCGCCACCAAGAAGUCGGCCUUCUGGUCCGAAGCCCCCUACCUCAAGGUGGACACCAUCGCUGCGGACGAGAGCUUCUCCCAGGUAGACUUCGGGGGAAGGCUGAUGAAAGUCAACACAGAAGUCAGGAGCUUCGGGCCGCUCACGCGGAACGGCUUUUACCUCGCCUUCCAGGAUUACGGGGCCUGCAUGUCUCUCCUUUCGGUCCGGGUCUUCUUCAAAAAGUGCCCCAGCAUCGUGCAAAAUUUCGCAGUGUUCCCAGAGACCAUGACGGGGGCGGAGAGCACAUCCCUGGUGAUUGCCCGGGGCACGUGCAUCCCCAAUGCAGAGGAAGUGGACGUGCCCAUCAAACUCUACUGCAACGGCGACGGGGAGUGGAUGGUGCCCAUCGGGCGCUGCACCUGCAAGGCUGGCUAUGAGCCGGAGAACAGCGUGGCCUGCAAGGCCUGCCCUGCAGGGACGUUCAAGGCCAACCAGGAAGCUGAGGGCUGCUCCCACUGCCCCUCCAACAGCCGCUCCCCUUCGGAGGCGUCUCCCAUCUGCACCUGCCGGACUGGCUAUUACAGAGCAGAUUUUGACCCCCCGGAAGUGGCGUGCACUAGCGUCCCAUCGGGGCCCCGCAAUGUCAUCUCCAUUGUCAACGAGACGUCCAUCAUUCUGGAGUGGCACCCUCCGAGGGAGACAGGGGGACGGGACGACGUGACCUACAACAUCAUCUGUAAAAAAUGCCGGGCAGACCGCCGGAGCUGCUCACGCUGCGACGACAACGUGGAGUUUGUCCCCAGGCAGCUGGGCCUGACCGAGUGCCGAGUCUCCAUCAGCAGCCUGUGGGCCCACACCCCCUACACCUUUGAUAUCCAGGCCAUCAAUGGGGUCUCCAGCAAGAGUCCCUUCCCCCCGCAACACGUCUCUGUCAAUAUCACGACAAACCAAGCUGCCCCCUCCACUGUUCCCAUCAUGCACCAGGUCAGUGCCACCAUGAGAAGCAUCACCCUGUCGUGGCCACAGCCGGAACAGCCCAAUGGCAUCAUCCUGGACUAUGAGAUCCGGUACUAUGAGAAGGAACACAACGAGUUCAACUCCUCCAUGGCGAGGAGCCAGACAAACACGGCGCGGAUCGACGGGCUGCGGCCGGGCAUGGUGUACGUGGUACAGGUGCGCGCCCGCACCGUGGCUGGCUAUGGGAAGUUCAGUGGCAAGAUGUGCUUCCAGACUCUGACAGACGAGGACUACAAGUCGGAGCUGAGGGAGCAGCUGCCCCUCAUUGCAGGCUCGGCAGCGGCCGGGGUCGUGUUCGUCGUGUCCUUGGUGGCCAUCUCCAUAGUCUGCAGCCGGAAACGGGCGUACAGCAAAGAGGCGGUUUACAGCGAUAAACUCCAGCAUUACAGCACAGGCCGAGGCUCCCCAGGGAUGAAGAUCUACAUUGAUCCCUUCACUUAUGAGGACCCCAAUGAAGCCGUCCGGGAGUUUGCCAAGGAGAUUGAUGUGUCUUUUGUGAAAAUCGAAGAGGUCAUCGGAGCAGGGGAGUUUGGAGAGGUGUACAAGGGACGUUUGAAACUGCCCGGCAAGAGGGAAAUCUACGUGGCCAUCAAAACCCUGAAGGCCGGGUACUCGGAGAAGCAGCGGCGGGACUUUCUGAGCGAGGCCAGCAUCAUGGGCCAGUUCGACCACCCCAACAUCAUCCGCCUGGAGGGCGUGGUCACCAAGAGCCGGCCGGUCAUGAUCAUCACGGAGUUCAUGGAGAACGGUGCUCUAGAUUCCUUCCUCAGGCAGAAUGACGGGCAGUUCACGGUGAUCCAGCUGGUGGGGAUGCUCAGAGGCAUUGCUGCGGGCAUGAAGUACCUGGCCGAGAUGAACUACGUGCACCGGGACCUGGCUGCGAGGAACAUCUUGGUCAACAGCAACCUGGUGUGCAAGGUGUCUGACUUUGGCCUGUCCCGCUACCUCCAGGAUGACACCUCAGACCCCACCUACACCAGCUCCCUGGGAGGGAAGAUUCCUGUGAGAUGGACGGCUCCUGAGGCCAUUGCCUACCGCAAGUUCACUUCGGCCAGCGACGUCUGGAGCUACGGGAUUGUCAUGUGGGAAGUCAUGUCCUUUGGAGAGAGACCCUACUGGGAUAUGUCCAACCAAGAUGUCAUCAAUGCUAUCGAACAGGACUACCGGCUGCCCCCUCCCAUGGACUGCCCCGCAGCCCUACACCAGCUCAUGCUGGACUGUUGGCAGAAGGACCGGAACAGUCGGCCCCGCUUUGCGGAGAUUGUCAACACCCUAGACAAGAUGAUCCGGAACCCGGCAAGUCUCAAGACUCUGGCAACCAUCACCGCCGUGCCUUCCCAGCCCCUACUCGACCGCUCCAUCCCAGACUUCACGGCCUUCACCACCGUGGACGACUGGCUCAGUGCCAUCAAAAUGGUCCAGUACAGGGACAGCUUCCUCACCGCCGGCUUCACUUCCCUCCAGCUGGUUACCCAGAUGACGUCAGAAGACCUUCUGAGAAUAGGGGUCACCCUGGCAGGCCACCAGAAGAAGAUCCUGAACAGCAUUCAUUCGAUGCGGGUCCAGAUGAGUCAGUCACCGACGGCGAUGGCCUGACAACUCGCGUGUUCUCGGGGUGGGGGGAGGCAAGGAAGGCAAAGGACCAGAGUCAGGGGGAAGCAGAGGCGGACCCCCGCGGAACACGCUGGAAAGCCUGGCUUCUCAGCUGACACGUGCACUCCCAUCAGCAAAGCAUGAACUAGACCUGCGGCUGGGGAGGCAACCCGGGUUCCUCCGCACGGAAGCACGCGUGCGCCGCCGCGGGAAGCCAAGUACCUCCCAACAAAAGUCUAAAAAGGUGACGUUCAGCGGAAGUGAAGACCACGCACUAUGCCUCGGGGGCAGCGGCCUGAGCUGAGCCCCCACCGUCCCGGGCUGCGGCAGGAAGAAGGGAAGGAGGUGGAGGUGGAGGGAGGGGACAGACGCCCUGUUCCAGUUUCUUCCCCACCAAUGACAUUCUUUUCUUUUCUCCUUGCGCUCUGCUCCCCGCGAGCCCCUUCCUCUCCCAGCCGCCUCGCCCUUCGCCCCUGGCUCGUGUCGGGAAAUGUCUCGGAACACACACACACAAAAACCCAGCUCCCGAGUCUCCAGAUCUCGUUCUGUCAGUUGCCAAAGGACGUUGCUGACCACUGCAUGGGGAUCCAACCAAUUCAAUUAAUGUCUUCAUAUUGAAGAAGCGAUGUACCUUCAAUUGAAAACCUUGUUUUUCUUUUGUUUGCAUUUUCUGCAAAAAGGAAAAAGAAACCACAAAUUGGGGAAAAAAAUAGAAAAACCUGUUUCCGUGUGCGAGAGCACGCCUCUGUAUGUCUGCGUUCCACAGUGAUUGUGCUUGUGCGUAACAGAUGUGAAUAAGAAACAAGAACCGGGACGUCUUUGCUCUGGGAUAUCCAGAGGGGCCGGAAUGUGCUGGGGGUCGGCCCAGUGGCCUCUCAGCUCUGUGGGAAGAGAGGUGAGGGUGGGGGGAUUACUAUGAGAAGGGGAAAGCCAAACGCCCAAGAGUUUACACAUUCAGACAGGAAACAGGUGAGCGGUUUGAAUUGGGUGCAGUGCGGGCCAUUCUGGAAUGAUGCUGACUGAGUGAUUCCUGUGGGUGCCACCUGAAGAAAUCGGAAGGGAAGUGUUUCUGGAGAAUGUUCUUCCACAUCCGGGGAGUGUGCCAUCAAGAGGGGGCGGGGGAGAGUCCAUCUUGCCUUACCUGUGGACUGGCGUAAGCCGCGUGGCGUUCGAGGAAUGUUUCAGAUGUGUCUGUGUUUCUCUUUGCAUUCCUUAUUGUACCUCAUUGUUCGAUUCACUUUUGUAAAUUCCACCUAACAUUGAAAUGUUUUUAAUUUUUCCUUUGACCUUAAGCUCCUUGCUAAUUUUAUCUGUCUAAUUAAAGUGAGCAGAAGCAUGUCUGGGUUUACAUAGAA